AAACGCGUUGGUCCUUUUGUUCGGUUUCAUUCCAGAGGAGACGAGUCAGCAGUUGCACCACUGUGAUAGUGCUAGCUGAUAUUUAGCAGUCUUUAAUUACUUACAAAUUCUUCGGUUACUUUGUAAAAGGCGACCAUAUUUUACGUUUGGUACCGUCGUGACCUUGAAAACUGAAACAAAGCAUCAAUCUUAACAGAUUUGUGGAAGACAAUGACUAAGGGAGAAGACUCUCACCUAGCAAUGGCUCAUGUUCAACUGAGUGAUGAAGCUUGUGGUGUUUUUGAUCAGAGGAGCCCCUCCUCCUACUACUCCAGGAAUAGUUAUGAAAGCAGCCCUUCCUCAUCUGCUGACAGCGACAGAGGGCGUCACAGAUCUUCAUCAUCCAGCGACAGUUCCUCAUCUCGUUCCAGGUCGCGCUCUCAUCCACGCUGCCACAGACAUUCCCGCUGUCGCAGCCACCGAAGAAACAGCCGCCACCAUGCAUCACGCCGCUACAGGGCACACUCUCGAUCCUACAGCCGCUCACCCUCACCGGACAGGUACCACAGGCACCAUAGGCGCUCCACUUCCAAUUCUCGCUCCAGAUCCCGCUCACGGUCGGCAUAUGCCAGGAGCAGAUACAGCAGGGUCCAGGGUCGCUUUAAUAGGUUUCCCAGAUCACCGUCCAGAUCCUAUAGAAGCCCCUCAAGAUCCUCAGGAAGUUCAGUCAGUUUGAGCGUGGAAGAUAAGAAAGAACUUCUCAAAGUUGCAAGAACUAAUGCCAUGAAGCUGCUGGGAGUGGACAAACUGGAGCUUCCUGAAAGUGUGAAACCGAUCCUGUCAGAGCAGAUGGAGAAGCACAAAUGGACGCUGCCAGAGUCUGAGCCAAGGGUGAGACCACACCCUGAAAAGAUAUCUCAGAGCAAUGAAGCAGAGGCCACAGUCACCAGCCCAAAAAUUGCCGCAAAAUCAAAAAUCAUCACUUUCAGCAUCAAUAAUUGUGUGGCCAGACCAACUCUGAUGGCGCCAUCUAGUGCUAAAUUAACAGCUAGAGUGGACAGCUAUGAAAGCAGGAUGCCCUACGGCCACUGGGUCCCAGUCAUGUCUGCCAAGUCCUCAAGGAAACGCAAACAAAUGGUUAAAGAUUUAUUGUGGGAAGGAGUGAAGAAUCUUUCAGGUGGGAUUAUUUCUUUUCCCUAGUCCUGUAUAUUUGCUGUUCAAAUAAAGUAUUUGAUGAAAGAAA